AUGGCAGAAAAGGUUAAGAAGACUAGAAAGAUGCGAGGGCAUGUAUCGCACGGACAUGGACGUGUAGGAAAGCAUAGAAAACACUCUGGAGGCCGAGGGCUGGCAGGAGGAUUCAGCCACAUGAAGACUCUUUUCACAAGAUUCCAUCCGGACUACCAUGGAAAGAGAGGAAUGAGGGUUUACCACAGGAAGGAGAACUCGAACUAUGCCCGCCCAAUCAGCUCUGCAAGGCUGUGGGGGAUGAUCCCAAAGGAGCAAAGAUACGAGUUCCUGGAUAACGUUGAGAAGGUUCCUGUGAUCGAUGUCAGGGAGUUUGGAUAUCACAUUGUUAUUGGAGGAAAGCUGCCUUUGGAAAGGCCGAUUGUUGUCAAAGCCAGGUAUUUCACGCCAUCAGCAAAAGAAGAGAUCACAAGAGUUGGGGGGAAGUGGAUAAUUACUUAUUAA